GAAAAUGAAAAGCUGAGCACCCCAGAGGAAAAAUGCCAAUGUCAGCAGCAACAGUAGCAGCAUCAGUACAACAAAAUUCAACAGAGCAAGAGCAAAAUCAACUCAACAUUGUCCCGGGCAAAGAGAUUGGGGCAACGAUAUCGUUGCUUCUGCACUACAAUAUUGAUAACACGCUGAAUGCCUACAAGGAGGAGCACAAAAAGAUGACGCUGGAUGCCAGCAGAUUAGAAACUAAUGCGACAAAUUCAAAUAAUAAUCGAGCCAAAGACAUAAAUCGCAAUAAUAUGACCGAAGAGGAAGAACUACUCGAAGAAAAUGGAAGUGGGGGCAAUGCUCAGCAUCAGCCCUUUAUGCCACCCACACCACCGGCCACGCCCAAUUUGCAACAACAACAAAACACCGCACAGAAACGUUGGCGCAUUUUGGCUAAGGUAUUGCGCAAAGACUCAGAGGAAACGGUGUCCUCCAAUUCCAGUGAUGCGGAAUUCACUGAAGAGCAAACAGCCUCGGUGAGGCGAUUCAAAAGCUUCGAUCUCCUGCGUCAAGAUAGUUUCGAGGAUCAUGUAAGCCUUAAUUGUUUGGGUAAAUCCGAGAAUUGGUAUAAAUAUCGCAUGAUGCUAUUAGAGGAUAAAGAGUAUUCGGUCAAUAUACAUCAUAUGGAAAGACAAUUGACUGCCAGCGAUUUGAUGGGAUUCAAUAAUACCGGUAACAUCUGUGUCUGGCCCUCAGAGGAGGCUCUUACUGCUCUGGUCCUGUCCGAUGUCCAUGAAUAUUCGGGCAAAUGGAUAUUGGAACUGGGCGGCGGCUUCACCUCGUUAGCUGGCCUAAUGUUGGCAAAGUAUGCCAAACCCUAUGCCGUCCAUUUGACUGAUGGCAAUGAGAUAUCGGUGGAGAAUGUACGUAAAACUGUUUGUCUAAAUGAACUUAGUUGUUAUACCAAAUGUUCGGUCUUGAAAUGGCAAAACAUAUCCGAACGUUCACUCGACGAACAGGGUAAAUUUGACUAUAUCCUAUGUGCAGACUGUUUAUUCUUCGACGAGGCUCGCUCCGCUCUGGUCGAUACAAUUUGGUAUUAUUUGGCUCCACAGGGCAUUGCCCUAAUUAUGGCGCCACGUAGAGGACGUACUCUGAAUGUGUUCCAGGAGGAAUGCCUGGCCAGAGGAUUUCGGGUGGAUAUAUCGACGCGCUACAACGAGACCAUCUGGAAACGUCAUUUACAACUGAAGGCCGAUUCAGCUUUAUAUGAUGAGGACCUUCAUUAUCCUGUCCUGCUACGAAUAUGCAAGUCGCAUAGCUAGAAUAGUAAAAACUUUAUAGGCAAUUCACAUUAAUCAAUGUUUUAGUUGAUGGCAAAGAAAAAAAAAACCAAAACCCAAAAAAAAAAACACAAAUUCCAGUUUACACCUAGCACAAGAAACACACAACACAAACACGCACACAACAAAUUCCUUACCACACAUUGCAAACAAAAUUAGGAAUAUCACAAAAAAAAAAAACGACAACAAAAUGUUUAGGCUGGUCCUAGAAAGAAAAACUCAUAGAUGAAAGCUUAGGUGAAAUCAUGAUGUAGAAAUAUAAUUGCUCUGUAUUUAUGUAAUUGAAAAGAUUUAUUAAUUUCAA